AUGCUGAAGAAAAUUCCUGCUCUGAUCACUCAGGAACAAAAUGAGCCAGUUAUAGCUCUCCCUAGUAAUGAAGAGGUCAAGCUAGCAGUCUGUGGUCUUAAUGGUGAUAGCAACAGUGGUCCUGAUGGUUUCUCAAGUCACUUCUUUCAGGAAGUGGUCAAUUCUUUUACUGACUUGAGACCAAUUAGCCUCAGCACUUUUGCUAACAAAAUUAUUUCCAAAGUUUUGCAUGAAAGAAUUGUGACAAUACUGCCUAGUAUCAUUUCCAGCACUCAAACUGGAUUUGUGAAAGGCAGAAGUAUUAUUGAGAAUGUUUUGUUAGCACAAGAACUCAAUAGAUAUAUUAAUAAGAGAAACAAACUGCACAAUGUGUUGAUAAACCUUGAUAUGGCUAAAGAAUGUGAUAAGGUGUCAUGGAUCUUUCUUACAAAAGUUUUAUGGCAGUUUGGUUUUUCAGAGGUGGUUGUAGAUAUGCGUGACCCUUUGUCACCAACUCUAUUCAUUAUAGCAGCUGAAGUCUUGGCCAAAAAUCUUAAUAGUUUACAUGAAGAUAUUACUUUUCAGGGAUAUGGCAUGCCAAAAUGGAAUCCUCAGAUCAACUAUUUAUCAUAUGCUGAGGAUACCAUACUAUUUUGCUCAGCUGAGUCUGUAUCUUUGAAGAAGAUGAUGAAGACACUGAGGGACUAUGAGAAGACAGCUGGACAGCUUUGUUAA